GGCCACGUCGGGACCUGCUGGCCUGCUGGGCACCAAAACCGAGCCGACAGUGACAGCCAGAAGCCCAGAGUAUCCCUGCCCACGCUGGAACAUGUCUGCCGGCGAGCACCGCCGUUACACGGCAAGGUGAAGAUUUUUCAGCUAAAACGUUGUCAAGCGACGGGAAGCAGACCGAGCAACGCAAGCCACAACUUCCUCAUCCUUCUGCAGGAACCUUGUUGGUAGAAUAAUAAAUAAACUUUGAAUCGCGCUGUGCCUAAUCAGUACCUGAAACCCCAGUGAAAAGCUGGCAAGGACCUAGAGGGAGGCACGGGGCUGUGGGCACAGCAGGCCAUUGCCUGCUCUGUUAGCCAGAAAACAAAUGAUGGCAUAGGUGAGCCAAAUAUUGCAAUGGCUGGAGAGCAGCUGCACCGCUGAAAAUCCACGAACCAAUUUGUUUUAAAUUUACUACAUGGCAAGAAAUGAGAUGCUGAGCUUGGCACAAAAGGACUCUGGAAAAUGUGAAUUAUGCCUCUCUUUUGAUAGAGCUGUUCUAAAUAUUCAUAAUAUUCGCAACUUUGGGAAAAAACCCGUUGUUUUGGCAUGUAGUUGGGAAUAGAAAACAAACUUCUAGGUGAUUGCUUGGAUGAACAGAACUGAAGUCAGGUUACUUGCUCUGCUGGAGUAAACAAUGCUAGACUGCAAAGUUUUCAGGAGGUUCACAGUGUGGCUGGAGUAUUAACUAAAAAGAAAUGCCUAAGUAAUUGAUGGUGGAUUUCAGUGAACGAGCCACAGGAAAUGAAACAGAGGGUUUCACCAUCAAUGGCAAAAUAUUGCCAUGGCAAUGGGUAGCUCUGCCAGGAAUAAACAAAAAAACAACAACAGACCUCUUCUCUUGCAGAAAAAAGUUACAGAAUUUUCUGUUCUCACCUCACCAAAGUCUGUGCCUUUGGACAUCUUGGAGGGAAGAAGAUGGUGUACCCUACUUAUACAAGUCCCACAAAUCCAACUCUGUUCUCAGUCAGACAAUUAGAUCAUUUCCAGACUAAGAAGUAACCUUUAUAUCCAAGGAAAGGCAUCAGUAUUUGCUUUAUAAUUAUUUCAGUGUAAUUCUGUACCAUUUCCUUGCAGAAGAUGGAAGGACUCAGUAACAACACGUCUUGUGUCACUCCUAGUUGAAGUCAAGACACUGCUGGCAGGGAAGAUUUUCUUAAGAGCAAAAACAUGGUCUCUCACUUAAAUUAAUAAAGAGCUUUUAAAAAAAAACACCAUGGAGAGUGAGUAAGCCGAAAAAGCACAAGCUGCCCUUUUCUUUAGGUAUGGGUGCCUGGUGGGGAGCAUGCUGAUGUACAGGCACCAAAGUCCUCUUCCAGCAGGGCCUUCAGAGGUGCUUCAGAGCUUUUUGGAUGUUUCUGGCAAUCCCCAGUCCCUCACAGGAUGCAGUCCUACCACCUGGUGUGAGCGCUGUGCGUCUCCUUUCAACCCAGGGAGACAAACCUCAGCCACUGCCCAGCCGGUUGGAUUUUCCCCAUCUUACAGCACCUCGCAGGUCUCCUCUCUGAGCAGUACGUUGCCUGAGUGAGUGGAAACAUACAGAUCAGCUGCAGGUUUCUGUCUACAAAACCAGAGUGAAAGAGAAAGAAAAGGGUUGAGAAAGAAGAGACAAAUACUGACCUGGACUUAUAGAAAGACAUCCAAUGGCUGAAUAAAGGACCCCUGUUCAUGUUUUGGGAUAUUCUUUCAACUAGCUGGAACGAGAGCGGAUCAAAAGAAUGGGAAAUGCCAGCAGACCCUUUAGAAGAAUUGCUUAUUUCUUAUGCCUUUUAUCUGUGCUUUUGCUGACUGAAGGGAAGAAACCAGUGAAGCCAAAAUGUCCUGCCUGGUGUACUUGUACCAAAGAUAAUGCUUUAUGUGAAAAUGCCAGAUCUAUUCCUCGCAGCGUUCCGCCUGAUGUUAUCUCACUAUCCUUUGUGAGAUCUGCUUUUACUAAAAUCCCAGAAGGGAGUUUUUUGCUCACACCAUCUCUGCAGCUUCUGUUGUUUACAUCCAACACUUUUGAUGUUAUUAGUGAUGAUGCUUUUAUGGGCCUUCCUCAUCUAGAAUAUUUGUUCAUAGAGAACAACAGCAUUAAGUCAAUUUCAAGAAAUACUUUCAGAGGACUGAAAUCUUUAAUCCACCUGAGUCUCGCAAAUAAUAACCUCCAAUCGCUUCCAAAAGACAUAUUCAAAGGCUUGGACUCCUUGACAAAUGUAGAUCUUCGAGGCAAUGCAUUUAAUUGUGACUGCAAACUGAAGUGGUUAGUGGAAUGGCUGAGCAGCACCAAUGCAACGGUUGAAGAUAUUUACUGUGAAAGCCCACCAGAAUAUAAGAAGCGCAAAAUCAAUAGCCUCUCCCCGAAAGAAUUUGAUUGCAUUAUUACAGAAUUUGAAGUUUAUCAGUCCCUGCCAUACCAGUCUCUGUCAGUGGAUACUUUCUCAUACAUGAAUGAUGAAUAUGUGGUUAUUGCUCAGCCUUUUACUGGAAAAUGCAUCUUUCUGGAAUGGGACCAUGUAGAAGUGAUGUUCAGGAAUUACGACAACAUUACAGGUACUUCAACUGUUGUGUGUAAACCUAUAGUUAUUAAGAGUCAGCUGUUUGUCAUUGUCGCACAGCUGUUUGGAGGCUCCCACAUAUAUAAAAGAGAUCGCUUUGCUAAUAAGUUCAUAAAAAUUCAAGAUAUUGAAAUCCUUAAAAUCCGAAAACCCAAUGACAUUGAAACUUUCAAGAUUGCUGAAGACUGGUAUUUUGUUGUGGCAGACAGUUCAAAAGCUGGUUUCACCACGGUUUACAAAUGGAAUGGGAAUGGAUUUUAUUCCCAUCAGUCUCUGCAUGCCUGGUACAGAGAUACUGAUGUGGAGUAUCUUGAAAUAUCUGGCAAACCACAUUUAAUUCUGUCAAGUAGCUCCCAAAGACCUGUAAUAUAUCAAUGGAACAAAGGAACAAAUGAAUUUGUUAAGCGUUUUGAUAUCCAAGAUAUGGAAGAUGCAUAUGCAGUGAAGCAUUUCAAAGUGAAAGAGGAUGUAUACAUUUGCUUAACAAGAUUUAUUGGGGACUCUAAAGUAAUGAAGUGGGGUGGUUCGGCAUUUCUGGAUUUACAAAGGAUGCCAUCCCGAGGGUCAAUGGUAUUCCAGCCGCUUCAGAUAAGUAAUUAUCAAUAUGCCAUUCUUGGAAGUGAUUAUUCUUUCACUCAAGUCUAUUAUUGGGAUGCUGAAAAGGCAAAAUUUGUGAAGUUUCAAGAAUUAAACGUACAGGCACCGAGAUCUUUCAUACAUGUCUCCAUCGAUAAACGAGAUUUUCUCUUUGCUUCAAGUUUUAAGGGAACUACACUGAUUUAUAAACAUGUCAUAGUUGACUUAAGCGCAUGACACUCAUAAUUCUGAGAUUACAUCAGACUUUCUACCAUAAGUGGAUAAAAUGAACUAAAUGCAUGAUGACUCUCUUAUCUUACUUCCAAAUGAAUGCCUUUAAAAGUUGAGAUUGCUAGAACAAAGUAUUACUAGUAUCUUCAUCUUUAAUUGUCAAGUCUAGUGGUGUUGGAAGUUGCAUUUUUUAACAAAAAAGAAAAUUAAAUAACUGUUCUUUGCAUCCACAGUAUGUAAAUAUUUGUGCAACUGCAUCUGUUGCUAUAAAGAAUAUUAAGAUGUACUUUUCCAUUUAUUUAUUCACCUGUUUGAAACAACUGCCAAAUAAAAUGUUUACAUUUUGUGUCUUUCACAUUCCAAAUGUUAUUUUGCAGGUGAUACUUUUUCUUUGCGUGUAGAUUACACACAUAUACAAUAAACCCCAAAGGCAUAUUUCUCAGGGCAGUGUUGUACUGAAUGGAAGAUGCACAGUGUUGGAGGUAAGGUGGGUCUUACAUAUCAUAGUAAGUUCUUGACCAAAAUACAGCAUUGAUCUCCAGUCCUGUAAAUUAUUACCUAGACAUAACCUUGCAUUUAUGUGAAGCUUUGCUGAUUUAAAAAGGAAUCCACCAAGAAAAAAAGCUUUCAGUUAUACAGAUCUGGUUGUAAGAGGGAGAGUUCAGUUAUAUAGAACCAGGUGUAGGAUGGGGCUUUUUACUGUGUAUCUCAGGAAGAAUCCCAUUUUCUACAAAUUUGCAAAGAAAUCAACAGAAUAAAAGGCAAUACAAACAUCUAUCUUUCCCCACCUCAUGCUGAAGCAGCACAAAACAAAGCUCUGGUAUAAUGCUGGGUCUGUUACUGUGGUGAAAGCUGGAAGCACAGUUUAUUUUUCAGCUAACAUCAGUUCUGUAUCUGAACCGUCACACAUUACUUGCAUGAAUUCUGUGUGACCCUGGCAAGCCUUUUCACUGCAAUUGCAACUAUUUAAUCUGAAUGAAGCUAGCAAAUGUGAAGUGUGCUUCUUCCACUAUCCUACAAUGAGGUUUAGUAAUAGGUACUUCUGAAAUUUGGGGAACUUUAAAUGUGGCAAGACAAAUUCAACUGACAUAGCAUAUGCAUCUCCAGGAAAGCUAUCUAUAUCUGUUAAGUUAUGCCAAGUCUGAAUUUGGCAUUAAAAUCUAUUAUAAACUUGAAUUUAAAUUAGUCUUCUGUUUACAUAGAUCUAGUGCAUCACUUAGGAGAAACCUACACAGUUGCUGAAGAUCAUUUGGUGCAGCUGAAGAAGGGAGCUUAAGUUGAUUUUAGACACCUUUGCACUUCACUUGAUGUUAUCUAGCCUUGUGCUCCAGUGUUGUCUUUAAAAUAUACACAUUUCUAACCUUCAUUGAUUGGCAAAUAAGAUUUAUCAUACUAUGCAUGGCAGCUAAUCAGAUGAUGUUGCAAGCUCGCUUCUCCCUGUAUCACAGAGACCCCCCAAAGGGGCAGAGCAUUAUGGUACUGC